UCACACACGAAUACUCUUGCUAUCACUUGUACAGUUUGUUAUAUUGUUAUUUACGUAUUUAUUAUGUGGGAUAAGGUGUUUCUUGUUAUUCUUGUGAUGGUGUUGACUUACAUUUCAAAGAAAAUAAUUAAAAGGGAACCUAAUAGAAUAAAAUUUUAUUGCUACUAUUUUAUUUUCUACAUUUACGGAAUAUUCGUGUCCAGCAUUGUGUGGCCCUUUUUCUUAUUUAAUCCUAAAAGCGUAAAAAAUGCACAAUUUGGUGCAAAUCUUUUAAAACACGUGACAAAAAUAUAUGGCUUGCAAUGGCAACUGCGUAAUGGCGACAUUUUGGCUGAGGAUAGAGGCGCCGUUAUUGUUUCUAACCACCAAUCGUCUUUGGAUGUUCUAGGGAUGUUCAACAUUUGGAAUAUUAUAGGCAAUUUAGCCCCUGUGGCUAAAAAGGAGAUAUUUUAUAUUUGGCCCUUUGGAUUAGCAGCUUAUCUUGCUGGUGUCGUGUUUAUUGAUAGAAGAAAUUCAAAAGGUGCUUAUCAAACACUUCAAAAAACAACUGAUGUUAUGGUUAAAAAUAAGACGAAACUUUGGUUAUUUCCUGAAGGGACAAGAAACAAAUGCUACGACAAAAUGCUACCUUUUAAAAAAGGAGCAUUCGCGAUCGCCGUUGCCGCUCAAAAACCAAUAAUACCAGUAGUUUUUUCUCCUUAUUAUUUUAUUAAUGAAAAGAAAUAUAUAUUCAACAAAGGCCACAUAGUAAUGCAAUGCCUGGAGCCCGUGUCUACUGAAGGAUUGACAGCCGAUGACGUGCCAGAACUUAUCAGAAGAGUUCACAGUCAAAUGGAAAAGACAUACAAAGAACUUACAAAAGAAAUUGUUAGCUCUCUACCAUCGGACUAUCCACACCCAAUAGUUAAUAUGUAGUAUUAAAGUAAUCUUAGAUAGAUAAGGCGUAUAUAAUAAGGAUUUAUUUUUUAUAUAUUAUUUUAUAAUCCCUUACUUAGUGGUAUUAUAAAAACUAUACAUUAGAACAAUAUUUAUAUGUAAAUGACUUUUUUACAUGACGAUCGUUUUUUAAGUAUUUAAUGUUAAAUAAAAAAUAAACCUAUGUAUGAAGAUUUUUAUAUCAAAUGUUUAUUUUGUGGAACUAACAUUACAAUUUUUUAUAUUAAUAAUAUUUACUUUUGUAAUAUUAUAAUGUCCAAAAUGUUAUUUGGAAAAAAAAAUUAACACCAAUAGGUAUACAACCUUUUGGCUUUAUCUUUAGCGUCAAAACGUCUCCCGGUCUAAACAAUGUCCUAGAUUGAACACCGGUUCUUAAACCUUUGUACGAUCUGUAUAAACAGGCUGUGUAAUUAAGAAAAGACUUUUUUUUUAUUUUUUAUCAAAUUUAUUUAUUUCAUUUUGUUAUGAGCUCUUUUUGCGUCUGCAAAGACUAAAGAAAUUAUGACGUUAUUGUUUAUCGAACUUGAUGCCCAGAAAAAUUAUUACUUAAAAAAAAAUAAUAAGAUAAUUUCAUAUACUUCAUCUAGUCACGGGUUACAGGCGAUUCAAAACUUUUAUAAUAGGUUAAAAUCUAAGUCGAUUCCUUGAACUUUUUCCAGGAAUCGAAUAUGAUUUCAGUUUUAAUCUCUGUCAAGGUCAAUAAUUGUACUAAUUGAGGUCUUUAAGUCUCUAAUAUUAUGUCAACUCAAUCGUCGUUCAAGAACAUCCAAGUGUAAAGGGCAAGACUCGUUCAGAAUAAAAUUUGUAAUAAUCCUACUUCCAAAGUAAAUUCUGAAAAAGAAUCUAAACUGAUUCUUAAUAUUUUCACCUUAUCGAUUUAUCCAUGUGGUCCUUUUGACAAAAAAAACUAUACAUAACCGACUCAUUUUAUAUCUUUCUUUAUAGUUUUAUUAAAAAAAAAAAACAUUAUAACCUAUCCUUGAUUUAUAAAAAUCUACAAAAAUAACUGUUCCUUCACUAUGAAUAAUGGAGGCUAAAAUUAAGAAUAUUGACUAUCUAAUAGUAGUUUAUAAGGAAGGGAUUCUGUGUUCGUACCUACCAACUACUUACAUCUGGUUGUACCUACCAAAAUAAUAAAUAGU